UAAUCAAAAUUUGUCAGUUUUGGAACCUUUGGCGCCAUCUCUUGGUUCUAUGAACUACUAAAAGCUGUCACAUGUGUUCUUCUUGUUGUAAAUUGCUAUACAAAACAGUUUACAUAAAUUAAAGUUUUUUAUUGUUGUUUUCAUAUGUAAUGAAUCUUAUUAUGUGUAUUUUUUAUUAAAAUUAAGUUUGCUAAAUGGAAAAAUUAUUUUGUUUUGUUGUUUUCAAGAAAAGGUCGUUGCAGAUUUUUAACCAUUUUUGAUCUGCAUUGUCGAUUUAUCUUGGUGGAGGUAUCAUGCUUCCAACUGAAGAUUGGGAAGUAGUAAAAUCAUCCAAAACUGAUGGCCAAUUUAUUAUAAACCUAGCAAAAAGUUACUAUGGUGAAGAUUUGAAAAACAUGUGUUUAAACGAUGAAAAAGCUACCGCGCGAGAGGAAGGCCAAGUUCGAAUUAAAAUCCCGAAUAAAACAAUUAGAGCAAUGGAAGAUGUUUAUAAAGACAGAUUAAUAAAAAGAGGAGCAAAAGGAAAAAAAAAAUUAAUGCAGUUAUUAAAACAAGUUAGGACAGUACUGACGUCAAAAAUAAAUGACCUUAAUAAACCUGCCAACCGAAGAAGGAGAAAUAUUGAUGAUGCAAGCGACGAAGAAGAUGGCGUGGUUGAUCCGUAGUUUCGUUGAUCCGUAGUUUCGUUGAUCCGAUAUUCGUUGAUCCGAUAUUCGUUGAUCCGUACAAAACAUGAUUGUUAAAAAUCAUUUUACAUAUGAUUGUUAAAAAUUAUUUUAGUCUAAUAGACAAAUAUAUUUUUUAAAAGUUUCAUUUAAAAAUUAUUAAUAGAAACAAAAAAAAAUUCAAAGUUAAAAAACUAGUCGUCACGUAAAAGUAUUAGUAAUGUCAGUGAUAUUUUAUUACUAUUUAAUAAUCUGUGCUUAUGAAA